AUGGCAACCAUUACACACGACAUGGAGACUGACCCAAUCACUGCUGCACUGCCACCCAACUCUGACUACAUGACCUACUUGACCAUCUUAGAGUAUCAGCUCACGCCCGAAAGGCUGCCGAUACUAACAAGACAUCUUGCAGAGGAUGACGGCACUCUGGCAAAGGAGGUUGGCUGGGACCUUGUUAAGCUGAUCCUCCCGCUCAUUAAAGCUGCUCCCAAAGAAGCAGCCAAAUGUCUCGAGGUGGUUGCUCGUAGGGGAAACCCUAGAGAGGUGGUUGUCCGGGUAGCCGAAGCACUAGAGAUUCUGGGAGCAGAUGAUGAUGCUGCAGAAUCUGGCCUCGACGAAGAGCCCAUCACCGACGAGCUGCCCACCUUUGAAGGGGAGGCGCAGCGUAUUCAUCUGGGAGAAAUGGACUUACAUGGGAUGCCUCCACCUUCUUCUACCAAAGAACACCCUUCCAAUGAUAUGUCAGCAUCCGAGCAUCCACAAGAGACGAUGGCCGCCCCGGAUUCGCCAGCACUGCAACUCUCAACGCUGCUUUCAAUGCUGGGAAUACUACAUCCGCGCAUAAAAACCCAGUAUCCGAGUCGGUUCUUAGCUACCUCUCUACCGGCCGCUUUGGGGGCCUAUCGAAAAGUCCCAAUCACUUCCGAGACCGCCUCAGCCUUUCUAGGUCUCCUUGGAAAGUUGUCUGGCAAGCAACGACCUGUACUGCCGCCUCGAUCUUCGACAGCCAACAUUACAAAUAUCAACCCUGCAAUGACGUUCGGGACCGAAGUCUAUGCACCACUUCCAGAUCCUGAAGGACAGUCUCGAGAUAACGCAAAAGCUCCGUCAGAUCUCGAAAUGUCAAUCGUCUUGCGCUUGUUGCAAGCAGUUACAUUAGAAGUCCUGGAAGAGUAUUUGCUGGCAGAUGCGGAGACGAUGGAAUGGUCUACGAGGUUACUCGAGAAGCACAGUCCUCAGCGAGCAAUACCUGAUCGAAAAUCACGCUCUAGAAUCUGGCAGGAUGAUGAGAACCUGCAAUCGAAGGAUAGCAUGAUGGACAAGUUUUGCCGUCUCGCUAACGAUCUUCGGUUGAAUCCUGAAGAUGUCUUCAGCCAUACGAACUUGCCUCUAGUGCGUAAUCAAAAGCCAGAAGAGGUAAUCAUGGAGAUGGGCACAGAGAAGGAUGAAGACGAGGAACCAUCAGAAUUUCCUACCUCUCCAUCCCAGAUCCCAUAUCCCCAUCUGGGCGCUUUGUUUUUGUAUCUGGCAAGCAGGGUUUCUGCGGUCAUUUAUUCAGACCAAAUCGUAUCACCAGUGGAAAUGUCAAUGACAGAUCUGCACCACUUUGUCAAUCAAUUCGUGGUGCCAACGCCAACGGUUCUCAAUGACCAUUUCUUUCCGAGCGUCAGCCACAAUCCACCUUCUGCAAUCGAUGCGAUGCUAGCACUUCUUCUACUCGUUGUACUGCCACCGAACCGGACCACGAGCAAGUCUGUACCUAGAGCAGACGACGAUUACAAAGCCUUGAUCAGUAUCCUCUCCUAUCUCUGCGCUGAGCACCCCAAUCCGUCUUUCCGGACAUCAGCCCACUACCUAGCAACAACUCUCUUACACAACCACCCCUCGUCCAACUUCCGCCUCUCGAUCAUCGAAUCAACCAUAACGGACUGCGGAACAUUCGACAACCUCAAAGAAGUAGCCAUCAACUGGCUCAAGGAAGAGAUCCUCUUCACAAUCUCUGUGCCCGCGUCCACCUCGUCAUUGGGCGGUAGCGAAACCACACGUCAAAAUCCCAGCAGCGAUACCAACAACGACAACGAAAACAACAUCUUCGCCUCUCCCACUUUUUUCUCCGAUCACGAAACCCUCAGCUCAUUGAUUUUCCCAGCCCAACCACCUUCUUCUCCUUCUGACGAGAAUGACAAUGACCAGCCACAACCAUCCAGCCCGAACCCAGCAUCAGAAACGCCAACCACAGCGGCCAUCGCCUCCCUAAACCUGCUCUUCCUCCUCCUCACCAACCCAACCCUAAAGGCCCGCUACCACCUCGCCGCAAAACUAACCUCCCACCAACAAGAGCCAUCCUCCCUGGCCGUACCCACCCUCACCGAGGAUGCGCCGCCCAGCACCUCCGACGCCACACCCACCCCACCAAAAACAGCAACAACAACAUCCAAUUCAUCAUCAUCAUCAUCCAUCGAAUCCAAAACCCUCACCUUCCUCACCACGCUCCAAACCCACCUGGCCGAAAGGGCCGGAAAAGGAACAAGAGAAGAAGAAGGUAAGCUGGGACUCCUGGCCCUGGCCCUGGGGAGGGUCGUCGGGGCCCUGGAAGCAUGGAAGAAGGAGCAUGAGAGGGAGUGUGCCGAUGACGGGGAAGGACAGGUAGGUAGGGAGUGA